UACACGGGUGGGCGGAGGACCCGACCUCGCUUCCGUAAAAUAGUUGCAUCCGACUACGGCUGACACGAGAACUCCCAAGUCCCAACGGGCGAAAACUGACCGCCGCCUGUUAGCCAAAAGAACUUCCCCUCCUCCUAUGUGAAACUCUCUCUCAUUGUCGCGUUGUCCCCCUCUCCUAAACCCUUUUUUGUCUCUCCAAAGCCCUCCGAUGGCUUCUCUCCAAUCUCUCUUGCUCUUCCCUGGACCCUCUGGCUGCUCGAUUCCUAGAGCUCGUACUGCCUUUGUUCCCACCACCAGAGUCUCAGAAGUUGCGAAUGGGGUUGGGGCGAUGAGGAAGGGGGGUUUGGUUGUUUCGAGACCUUUGGCGAUACGUGGGGUGGACGAACCUAGGGUUUUGAAUGGGGAUAGGAAGAACGAGAAGCCGAUCAUUGUUAUAGAUAACUAUGAUAGUUUCACCUAUAAUCUGUGCCAGUAUAUGGGAGAGCUGGGAGCUAAUUUUGAGGUGUAUCGCAAUGAUGAGCUCACUGUGGAGGAACUUAAAAGGAAAUGCCCACGUGGGAUACUCAUCUCCCCAGGACCUGGUACACCUCAAGAUUCGGGGAUAUCCUUACAAACUGUUCUACAACUUGGGCCUUCUAUGCCAUUGUUUGGGGUUUGUAUGGGCUUGCAGUGCAUUGGGGAGGCAUUUGGAGGAAAGGUCGUUCGCUCUCCUUUUGGUGUGGUUCAUGGGAAACACUCUCUUGUCUAUUAUGAUGAAAGCCUAGGGGAUACUUUAUUUUCUGGUUUACCAAACCCAUUCACUGCUGGUAGAUAUCAUAGCCUUGUGAUUGAAAAAGAUACUUUUCCUAGUGAUGUCCUCGAAAUCACAGCAUGGACAGAAGAUGGACUAAUAAUGGCUGCUCGACACAAAAAGUAUCCACAUAUUCAG